AUGGCCGCCUCCUCCUCGCCCUACGUGACGCUGAUAUCCAACGACGGCUUCGAAUUCAUCGUCAGCCGCGACGCCGCCUGCGUCGCCGGGACCGUCAAGAAGAUGUUGGAUCCGCACAGUUCCUUCGCCGAGUCAAUCUCGGGCCGGUGCACGCUGGGCACGAUCAACGGCGUCGUGCUCGAAAAGGUCUGCGAGUAUCUGUACUACAAUCUGAAGCACAAGGACGAGAAGGACGUGCCGGACAUGGAGAUACCGCCGGAGUUGUGCUUGGAGCUGUUGAUGGCGGCGGAUUAUUUGCAUGUCUAG